AGUAUGUCUUUAAAUACUCCACAGAACCUCCCAGAAAUCAUUUUAAUAGUUUCUUUGAUCUGUACUGUUGGAGCAUUCGUGAACAUGUAUUUGAAGGACUUUCCAAUUCCUCUUCCUGUAAUAUUAUUUUUAAUUGGAUACAGUUUUGAAAUCCUAAGUUUUGCAUCUUUCCAGGUACAAAAAUACGCAGUUGCUAUUCAGUGGAUGAGUCCGGAGUUAUUUUUUGGUUUGUUUACACCAGUGAUUAUCUUCACAGUUGCAUUUGACAUGGAUGUAUACAUGCUUCAAAAGCUAUUUUGGCAGAUAGUUUUAAUUACAAUUCCUGGCUUUGUGGUUAAUUAUACCUUAAUACUUUGGUAUCUGCAAUCGGUGACUAAGUUACCUUUGAAAACCGUCUCCUGGUUGCUAUUCGCAGCUGUCCUUGUGAGUUCAGACCCCAUGCUGACUGCAGCUUCUGUAAGAGAUCUGGGUCUUUCUAGAGGCCUCACAAAUUUAAUUAAUGGAGAAAGUUUGAUGACCUCUAUUAUAUCAUUAAUCAUGUAUAGGAGUGUUGUGAAUAUUAAUCUGAAAAGAAAACAUAUGAUGAAUAGCACCAUUGUUCGUGAUGCCCUGGGUGAAAUUUGGUCAUACUUUAUAGAAAGUUUCUUAUUUGGAAUUAUAAAUUCAAAACUGAUGCAGUUAUGGAUGUCCACUGUUUUUGGUGAUGAUGUCAAUCAUAUAAGUCUCAUCUUUUCAAUUCUGUACCUCGUCUUUUAUUUUUGUGAGUUAGUCGGAAUGUCUGGAAUAUUUACUCUGGCAACUAUGGGACUUUUUUUAAAUUCAACAAGUUUUAAACCAGGAGUUGAAUCACUUCUUCUUGAAUUCUGGAAUUGUCUAUCUUUUGUUGCUUUUCUCAUGGUGUUUACUUUCAUUGGACUUCUGAUUCCUGCAUAUACAUAUUUAUACAUCUCAUUUUCUGAUAUAUAUUAUUCAUUAAACAUCUACUUCACACUCAUUAUUUUAAGACUUCUGGUCAUUCUGCUGAUGAGCCCAUUUUUAUCUCGACUGGGGCACGGGUUCAGCUGGCGCUGGGCUUUCAUCAUGGUGUGGAGUGAGAUGAAAGGAACACCCAACAUCAACAUGGCGCUUCUGCUCGCCUACUCAGACCUGACCCUUGGAUCGGAGAGGGAAAAGUCACAAGUACUCUUUCAUGGAGUAUCAGUCUGCUUAAUUACCCUGGUUGUCAAUAGGUUUAUUUUGCCUAAGGCUGUCACUAAACUUGGUCUUCGGGAUGUCACAUCAACAAAAUACAAAUCCGUUUAUUAUACAUUUCAACACUUUCAAGAGCUAACCAAAUCUACAGCUUCUACACUCAAAUUUGACAAAGACCUUGCUAAUGCUGACUGGAACAUGGUGAACAAGGCUAUUGUACUUCAAAACCCAUAUGCAUUGAACCAAGGAGAAACAACGGAACAUCAGAAGGUUAAAUGUCCACACUGUAACAAGGAAAUAGAUGAGACCCUUAAUACUGAAGCAAUGGAGCUUGCCAACAGGCGCCUCUUGUCAGCACAAAUAGCAAGCUACCAGAGACAAUACAGAAAUGAGACUUUGCCCCAGAAUGCAGUUCAGGUGCUAGUAGGUGCAGCAGGAAGCUUCGGAGAGAAGAAAGGAGAGCAUAUGAGUCCUGAGACAAUAAAGACUUAUUCUGAGAGCAGAAAAUUGUUUGCCUUCAUUAGAAAAGUACUUCUCAACUGGGUAUAUAAUACCAAAAAAGAGAAAGGUACACCAUCCAGAUAUAUCAGUCUUCGUUUAUGCCAUAAAAUAGUAUUUGCUGAAGAGUUUGAGUAUAUCGGAUACCUGGUGGUAGUCAUGAAUAUGUAUCCUAUGGCCCUCUCUUGGCUAUCCCAACUAAAGGACAUCUAUGAUCUUGAGAUAAGACAUGCUAACUACUAUUUUCUUGCCUUUUACAUUCUGGAGAGUCUGCUUAAGAUGGCAGCGAUAAGGAAGGAAUAUUUUUCACAGGCCUGGAACUUAUUUGAGUUAGGAAUUACAUUAGUUGGCAUCUUAGAUAUAAUACUUAUCGAGACAGGAACCAUUAGUUAUACUCUUGAAUUAGUUGAAACAGUAGUUUUUAUGAAAAUUACUCGACUCCUUCGCAUCCUACGCCUUUUAAAGCUUGUAACACCAAAAUUACUGCAGAUAAUAGAUAAAAGAAUGAGUCACCAAUUGUCUUUUCACUAUGCUAUAUUAAAAGGCUAUGCUCAAGGAGAGGCAGAUGUACUGAAUAUAAUCGACCAGAUUGCAAGUUCCAAGCAGGUUAAGCAGAUCUUAUUAAAUCGGGUAACAAGGAAUAUGGAACUUGCCAGGAGAGAGCUAGGCUACUUCGAGUAUGAUCACCCAGAAAUCACUAUCACUAUGAAAACCAAGGAAGAGAUUAAUGUCAUGCUUAAUAUGGCCAAAGAAAUUGUCAAUGUUUUCAAGUCAAAAGGAAUUCUUCAUAAAAUUGAAAGUUCUGAAAUCAAUAAACUAAUCAUGGCCAAAAAAAGAGAGGUGCUUGAUUUUCAAUCUAUUGUCAGUUCUCUACCAAUUGAUGAAACUUUGUAUCAUAUUCCAUGGCUUGCUAAAGAUGACAAGUGUAUUCAAUUUAUUCAGGAAAAAGCCAAAAUUUUAACUUACGAUUGUGGAAACGAUAUAUUUGAAGAAGGGGAUGAGGUCGAAGGAAUCUAUAUAAUUAUUUCAGGCAUGGUAAAGCUUAAAAGAUCAAAGCCAGAUGCGGAGACAGAUGCAAAACACUUAAACUCAGAGAAGAAAGAUGACCCCAUACUCUACAAAGACUAUGUACUCAGUGGGGAAAUCAUAGGAGAAUUGAAUUGCUUAAUUAAUGAACCUAUGGAAUAUUCUGCGACCUGCAAAACAGUUGUGGAGACAUGCUUUAUUCCGAAGCAGCACUUGUAUGAAGGUUUUAAUGAUUCUUUUCCUGAAAUGCAAGAUAAAAUGUGGCAGAAAAUUGGACUAGGCAUUGCUGCCCAAAAAAUAAAGGAACAUUUAUCCUACGAAGACUGGGACUACAAGCUGCAAUUAAAACUCUGUAACAUAUAUGUACAAAAUAUACCAAAGACAACCAGAACCGACAUCUAUGAUGAAACUGUAACCCACGUUAUCCUCAUACAUGGAACUGUAGAAGACUGUCAGUUACGCAAAAUUUAUAAGGCUCCAUUUCUAAUUCCCGUAACAUGCCAUCAGAUACAAGGAAUUGAGAAUUUUACGAAAGUAAUGAUUAUUCAAACAUCAAUUAAUAUGAAAAAAUCCAAACUAAGCCCUAGAAAGUAUAUAUCAUCACAGAAACUUUCUCUGGAAUCAACAUUAAUAGGAAUGGUUGACAAGAAUCCUGAAAACUAAACCCAGUGUUGGUGCUGCUAUGGGCAGAGGCCUCCUGAAGGUGAAACACAUUCCUAUUAAUGAACAAGAAGGAAUAUCUAGUGGCACCCUAAGAAGAUGCUCUUGAAGCCAUAUAGGAAAGAAGACUGGACUUUCUGAACAGCCAGUUCAAAACAAGUAUCUUUCUCCAAAAAUGUCUUUGAUUUAAGCAACUAUUUUUAAAUAUCCAAGCAUCUCAAGAAAUCUUUAAGUCAAUUUUAGUCAUAGAAGGCAACAAAUAAGUCUGUCAUCCAGAUAGUUUGCACAUUGCUCUUGGAGCAAUAGUGAUUUGAUUCAUCUCAUGAAUAAUAAAAUACCAAUCAAAUGUGGUUUAAACAUGCCCUUGACCCAAGCAUUGAUUC